GCGGGUGAUGGCGGCGGCAGCGGGAGGUCCUGAGGCUCUGUGAGCGCCGGUGUCCGCCGGGGCUGCGGGCGGGCGGGCGGCUCCGCCUGCUCCUCGUGCAGGGGCUGCGGCGAGGCGGAUCGGGGCUGGCGGCACACAUGGAUGACAGUAAGGUGGUUGGAGGCAAGGUAAAGAAGCCAGGCAAACGAGGUCGUAAACCAGCCAAAAUAGACUUGAAGGCAAAACUUGAAAGAAGUCGUCAGAGUGCAAGAGAGUGCAGAGCCAGGAAGAAGCUGAGGUACCAGUACCUGGAAGAGCUGGUUUCAAGCAGAGAGCGAGCUAUCUGUGCUCUGAGAGAAGAGCUUGAAAUGUACAAGCAGUGGUGCAUGGCCAUGGACCAAGGGAAAAUCCCCUCGGAAAUAAAAGCCCUGCUAACUGGAGAGGAGCAAGGCAAAGCACAGCAGAACUCAACCAAACUUGCCAAGGCUGCAAAGACAGAGGCAAACAGCAGCAAUCCCUGAGGCUGAUGCAGAACCUUUCGCACUGCAGCAGAGGUGGCUCGGGAGCUGGCAGGAGGAAGAAUGCUGUUCUGAAGAGUGGAUGCAUCUCCAGGUGCAGGGGAAAAGGUCCCAGGCUGUUCUCUUCUCUUUGCUCCUCCUCAUGUGAAAUUCUUUGAUUGUGGUGUUCCUAAGGCUUUGUGGGGUGGGGCUUUUGUGGCAGCAAGUGUUGGUGUAAGUUGGAGCCUUGUUGUUCCUUUCACUACACUGCCCUCCCUAAAUACAGCUAUGGCAGCUUGUUCCCAGCACAAGAGUGGGGCUGCUUUUAUAUCAGAGCCCAAAUUGGGCUGGCUUUGUGUUUGGUGGUUAUGUGGUUGUUAACUGCUGUGGGACUCUGGGAGGUUCUGCAAAAGAAAAGCAAGAGAAGGAUCUCGUGACAGCUUUGCUAAAGCCAAAUCCAGCACUGUAGGUUGAGAAGAAGGAGCUGGAUCAAAAGCUUUCAGUAAGAAUAUUUGUAGCAAUGUCAGUUGUAACCUAAAUGGAGUGUUGCUCUCGGCAUCCAUCUGUAAUGCAGCAUGUCUUUUAUGUGACUGGGAUUCUUAAAGAGGUACUAGAUCCAUUUCCUGUGUGUCCUGGUUUAGGGCAAAUUGCAGAGGAAGCUUCCAAAAGGGUCCCUUUAGAAAGCAGAUUCAAGUGGACCCUCCCCCAGCUGAUUUGGCAAAAGAUUUCCUUGGAGAAAAGUGGAAAAAACCAUGUUUAUUUAACAAAGUAUUCACAAGCAUAAGAAACCAAAUAAUAUUGAACAAUAAAACCUCCUGUUGUUCUGAAGAGAUGGCAAAUUCAGAAAGUCCUUGUCAUGGGGUGUAGCUCACAUCCCAGGCCCUGGUGGGCCACAUGUGUGAGCUCCUAUUGUUCUUCUGGGUUUUCAGUCCAGAACAGGUUUCAAAGUUCCAAGACAGAGAAGCCGCAGUCCAGGGAACUUCUCUGCCUCAGCUAGCUAAAAUCUAACUAAAAGCAAAAGAGAGCUCUCUCCCACUCCCUUUCAGUGCUGCAGGCAACACAAUCCAGGAGAAGGAUGCGGGUGAGCAAGUGAAGUUUCUGCAAACAAACUCUGCUCUUCUUCUUCCCCUCCUUGUGCUCAGAACCAGUGUUAAAGGUGCAGGACUCAAAAAUAUCCAGCAUAAACAGAACAGACUGGGGAUACAAGCAUCAUAAAGUCACUCUAGGACACUGCUUCUGCCCAUACUUCUUCCACCAGGUACAUUUUCCACCCCCUAUGCUCCCGGAAGAACAGUCAAGGCAUGUCCCUACAGCCUGCUUCCAGGAGGGAAACGGCAGCCAUUCCUUCUCACCACUGGGUCCUGAUACCUUUCCAUAGCUACCAACAUUUUGAACCCUAGUACCUCUCUGGAUAGCAACUUAAUGUGAAUUCUGCUAUGCUAUCCUGGUUUCCCAGCCAAAGACAAUGUCAGGAGCUGGUAGCAAGGAAAGCAAGUUGCAUCAGUUUGGUUUUGUAGUAAGAAAGGUGAUGGCAAAAUUCUCGUGGGCUGAUGUACUCAUCCCAGUUAUUGGCAGAUAACCUGCCACUUUCCUCAGACUGCUCUUGCUCCCGGAUUUGCUUUUUGUAUUCAUAUGAUGCAAUGUGGAGAGUGGAGCUCAGGAUUUUCAGAGGGGGUUUGGCUUGCUUAUUCUGUUUUGUUUAUGACAAUGUCUUUCUCUGUGUUUUAUGAAAUGCAUAGAACGUUUUUUAAUCUUAUGUUUCAAGCAUUGUUUCAUAGAAUAAAUAUUAUAAUGAAUUACUUUGCUA